GCAGCAGUCCUACAGCACAGGGUCUUGUGGAGAAGAAGCUGCUGCCUCUAGGAUCUCCUAGAGUGUGUUUGCUAAUUAGGAGAUACUGGGGGCUUGGGGAAGAGGCUGCCCUGACCACCCAAACCCUCUGGGGGUGACCCUAGAGUAUCCUGCAAAGGGGCCAGCUGGAGGACCUCUGGACCUAGCCCUUCCCAAGCACCAUUCUGUUGAGAAAAGGGGCUACUGGAAAGCCACAGAAGGGAAGCAGAGCCUAGCCUCACCCCACCAAGGAUGCUGGCAAGAGGUGGAAGACUGGACUUCGGCGGCUGUCCCAGGAGAGAGCUCCAGGAAAGUGCAACAGUGGAUUGUGGAGGUCAAAGUGCAGCUUUGCUGUUGGUAGCUGAGAGGAUCCUUUUGAUACCCCAGUUCCAUUGAGAAUGGACCACCAUGUGAACGGCACCAUGUCCGAGAAGCACAGCCCCAUGGACUACGGGGUCCAGAUCAGAUUCAUCAAUGACCUGAAGGAGCCCAGCAGGUCCCAAAAGAUGCGCCCCAAGGCCUCCAAGCCGGGCUCCUACGGCGUGGCAGUGCGGGUCCAGGGCAUUGACGGGCAGCCCUUCGUGGUCCUCAACAGUGGUGAGAAAGGGGGCGACUCUUUUGGGGUGCAGAUCAAAGGCGAGAGCAAAUACGGGGCGCCAGCCUGGAGCCAUCAGCCUGAGGAAGCCUUUCCCAGCUCUCCCGGGGCCGCCUCCUCAUCCAAAGAUGCCUCUGGCUCCAUCAGCUCAGAUUCUGACCUCCCAGAGAAUCCAUACGGGACGAAACAGUCCCGGUACAGCUCCCAUUACAGCACCUCAGACGAGGAGCAAUGCAUUAGGCGGGCGCCCAAAUCGGACAGCUUGGAUGGCGCUAGCUUGUAUCGCAGCAAUGGCUCCCCGCGGCCUUCAAGCGGCUAUCAGACAUUGCCGCACAAAAAGUCUUCUGGGGAGCAGCUGCGGCGGACUCAGUCUUACGGCUGCUUGCUCAGCCCCGAGCUGGACGAGCCUCAGGAACCCAGCCUUCCUAGAACUGGACCCACAGAUGCUCUCCAGGCCGUGCAUGCAGGGGGCACUGCAAGGAGUACCAGCAUGCUGAAUCUUGCCAGCCGCAGACAGCCCAGCUCUAGAGAGGAUAUCGUUGGCAGCACCUCCGGUUUGAGACCCAUCCAUAAGCCGCCGUUGUCAGAUGUGGACUCUUCCAAGCCUGCCCAGCCGGCCAAAACGGGUGGUGGAGACAUCGACACGAAGCCUCUGUCUUCGGUGGACUCGCUGAUCAGCAAGUUUGACGGGAAGGCCCAGCAGAGGGGCAGAGCCUCCAGGAGAACCCGAGUCUCACCAGAUGACCGGAAGCGCUCACAGAGCCUCGACGGGAGGGUGGCUUGCUACGAUACAGCUGACUCCCGGGAGCUGGAGACUGGCGAGCAUCAAGUGGGCUUCCAACAAGGGAUACGAACCUCUGUGGGUAAUCGGGUCAGCCUGGCCAACUCUGCGGGAAGCAGGAGCCUCAACAGAGCUGUUGGGCAUCAGCUGAAGGAAAAUGGUCUUGACAAGUCGAAGCUAACACGAGACUGGGUCAACAAGAGCCAGGAGGAACCCGGGCUUGAAAAACAGCCGAGGAAAGCGCAGCCAGAUCUGCAGCUGAAGUCUACCCCCGAUCUUCUGAAGGACCAGCAAGAGGUAUCUCAGCCCGGAAGCAGCGACCAUACCAAGGGGCUGAUCUACAAUAUCCUGAAGGAUGGAAGCACGGAAAGCGAUGCCACGGUGAAGAGAAAAACUAACCUCGUCUUUGAGAAGAUCCAAGCGUUCGCUGCUGUCCCUCCGGCGGGGUCAAGAGCGUCCCUCCCCCAGGCGGCUGAACUGAAGCAGAAAGUCGACGAACUGCAGCAGAAGCUGGACGAGGAGACCAAGCUGCGUCAGAGGUUGGAGCGCUUGCAGGACAGCUGCAGAAACGGCUCCCCUCACAGCCUGGAGGUCCAGCUGGAGGAGUCCGAAGAGGAGUGCCGCCAACUCCUGGUGGCCUUUGAGAAGAAAAACCAGGCGCUCCAGAGCAGUAUUCAAGAGCUGAAGGGCGCAAAAACCAUCAGAGAACAGUCGGAAGCGAAGCUGACUGACCUGGAGGACCAGCUGAUGGAGAUGCAGGAAGAACUUGACCGCUUGCGGGGGCCAGUGGGAGGCUCUCCGGACAGGGACGCUUUGCUGAAAGAGCUGCUGGAGACCCGAGAGGAGCUGGAGGAGGUGCUGAGGGCCAAGCAGAAGCAAGAGGACCACCUGCGUCAGCGGGAGCGGGAGUUGACGGCCCUGAAAGGAGCCCUGAAGGAAGAGGUGGCCAAUCACGACAAGGAGCUGGAUCGGGUCCGGCAGCAAUACCAGCAGGACAUGGAGCAGGUCCGGCGCAACAUGGAGGAUGUCUCGCAGGAUCAGGCCAGCCUGGAAGCCGAGAGGCAGAAGAUCAACACCAUGGUGAGGAACCUCCAGAAGGAGCUUCAGGAGAGCAACGAGGAGGUGGCCCACUGGAAGGAGAUGUUUCAGAGGAACAAGGACGAGCUGCGGAGCACCAAGCAGGAGCUGAUGCAGGUGAAGGUGGAACGCGAGGACUUUGAGGAGGAGCUGAGGGAGACGCGUGAGCGCUUCAUGGCCCUGCGGCAGGAAGCAGAUCAGGCCCGGAACAGCGCUGGGGAUGCCAGAGAGGCGACUGCCCUCAGGAAGGAUCUGCGCGACGCUCGGGAAGAGCUGAGGGAGCUGACGUUGGCGAAGCAAGCCCAGGAUGAGGUGCUGCUCCAGCGGGAGAGGGAGUUGGCAGGCCUGAAGGAGGUGCUAGAGGACGAGGUGGCCACCCGCGACCAGGAAGUGGAGGGGCUGAAGCGUCAGUUCCAGCACGACGCACAGAAACUCCAGAAGGAUUACGAGGAGGCAUUCAAGGUAAAGUCUGCAUUGGAGGGUGAAAAAGAGGCAACCGAGCAAACGAAGAAGGCCGUGGAAUCCACCCUCAGGGAGACUCAGGAGGAAAACGACGACCUCCGACGAAAGAUCCUGGGCCUGGAGACGCAGCUCAAGGAGCACCGACACUUUGCAGACAACUGGCAGGCUACGGAGGCCAGGCUGAAAGAGAAGAUUGCCAAGAUGGAGGCUGACCGUAAGCAGAUGGAGGAGUCUCUGGGGGAUGCCACAGACCAAGAGCAGGAGCUGCAGCUGGCGAAGCGGUUUCUGGAGAGCCGCCUGGAGGACGCCCAGAGGAGCCUCAGCAGGCUCUCCCGGGAGCACCAGGACCUGAGCACUUCUCUCCACGAGGAGAUAAAGCAGAAGGAGCAGCUCAAGCGGGCCAAGAGUGAGCUGGAAGAGGAGAAGCGCCUGCUGGACAAGAGCGUCGGGAAGCUGACGAAAGAGCUGGAUCAGAUGACCCAAGAGUCCCACAGCGCGCUGUCCCACCUGCAGGCACAGCUGGAGGAGUACAAGGAGAAAUCCCGCAAGGAGAUCAUGGACUCCCAGAAGCAAGCCAAAGACAGGAACGCUGAAGUGGAGAAGAUGCAAUAUAACCUGGGGAGGCUGCAGGACGAGGUCGUGCGGCUCAAGCAGGCCCUGCAGGACAGCCAGGCUGAGCGUGAGAAUGCCGUUUUGGACAAGGAACUAUUGGCUCAGCGCCUUCACAACCUGGAGCAGGAGAUGGAGUCCAAGCGGCGGUCCCAGGACGAUCGAUCCCGGCAAGUCAAGGCACUGGAGGACAAAUCGAAGCGCCUUGAAGUGGAACUGGACGAGGAAAAGAGCACGGUGGAGCUGAUGACGGAGAGGAUCAACCGUACGAGAGACCAGAUCGACCAACUGCGAGCCGAGUUGCUCCAAGAGCGCGCCGUCCGCCAGGACCUGGAGUGCGAUAAGAUCUCCCUGGAAAGACAGAACAAAGACCUCAAAAGCCGCCUUGCGAACAGCGAAGGGUUCCAGAAGCCCAGUGCAAACAUUUUGCAGCUGGAGUCGCACGUCCAAGAGCUUCAGGACAAGCUCCAGGCGGAAGAGAGGGAGAAGAGCAUCCUGGUAUCAUCGAACCGCAAGCUAGAGCGGAAGGUGAAGGAGCUGACCAUCCAGAUCGAUGAUGAGAGGCAGCAUGUCAACGACCAGAAAGACCAGCUGAGCCUGCGGGUCAAGGUGCUGAAGAGGCAGGUGGACGAGGCGGAAGAGGAGAUCGAGCGGCUGGAGGCUGUGCGGAAGAAGGCCCUGCGGGAGCUGGAGGAACAGCAUGAGACCAACGAACAGCUACAGAGCCGCAUCAAGACCCUGGAGAAGGACCUUUGGCGCAAGGCAGCACGGUCUACAGCCGAGUCAUCUCUGAAGGAUGACCACUUGAGCUCCGACGAAGAGUUUGACAGUGCCUAUGGCCCGUCCUCCAUCGCUUCACUACUGACUGAGGGGAACCUCCAGACAAGCUUGUGCUAGCAGCACCCUGAGUGCACAUUGCAACGGGGCAAAGGAGCAUUGCCCAGUCUGUGUGGCUUUCAUCGAAGCUCUCAAAAAACUUCAAAAUCCACCAGAAGACCUGUUGUGUCUGCAAAUCUCUGGCAAGCAACCAGAAGAUCUACUCUUCCCACCAACCACCAUGUUGCGUGCCUGAAGAUUUUUUUUAAAAAAACCACACAGACCUCUUAAUCCAUGUGAAGGACAGAUUUUUAUAUUUUUGCUUGCAUAGAGAGGCACAGAGUAAAACAGAAAUGAAAUUAUGCAGGACAGUUGACCCUUCUUCUCUUUUAAAUUUUUCCUUGAUCUGGUUCUCAGGGCGAUUGGUGAAUGAUUUUAAGAAACAGAAUCUUCCAUUUUGUUUUUGAAACCAAAUUUUUAAUUUUGUGUGUAUAUAAAUGGGGCAUAUAUUACUGUAUGUACGUAUGUCGAUGUUUGCAAGUGUUCUGAAAUGGUUGUGCAAUAAUGUUAUCGGAGGAAUCUCGGGAGAUAAUAGAAUGAGUUUUUUGUGGGGGAGGCCUCCCUUUCUGAACAUGCAUGUGGGUGUUCCAGCAGAUGGAUCCCAAAGUAGCCUCAAAUACCAUAUUGAUCGCUCCAUCCUUGUUUUUGCUGGCGACCGCAGGUGCUGAAGAGACGGUAUGCGACUUUCCAGUUGGGCAACUAUCUUUCAUGGCUUAGCUUAUAUAUUUUUCUCCCGCCACCACCCCAAGACUCUGAAAACUAAUUUCUGCUUCAUCUUUGCACGACUGCACUCUCUUUUCCUAGGUUUGCCUGUUCACAUCCUCACACAACCCUCUUCGUCCCAAUGAAUAUGUAUCCUAAAACCACUAGCGAAGAUAAACCCUUUCGUAACGGGGGGCUUCUAAAACUUUGCUUUCUCAGUGGGGGUGUUUGGAAUUUGCCAGGGAUGGUGUCAAGAGCAGCACUACUUAAGUUGGGUUUCCCCUCCGGGCUUGACGCAAAAGUUGGGCAAGCAGGCAUUGAAAUGGUAAGAGGAAGCUCCUCGUUUUAAGUUGGAAGUCUGAAGGAAGUUAGUAUGAUUUCUCUACAACUUAAGCUUGGGUUGGUGGGGACAGGAGCAGGGUAUACAAGAACUGCUUUGUGCUACUAUGUAAGUUUUGAUCUCUGCUGCCCUGAAUAACCCUCUGCCACUGAAGCAGCCCAUUUUACAGAAGAUUGACAACUGAGGAUCUGUUUUCAAAUCUUGCCCAAAAUGGCAGUCGGUGCUGGCUUUUUGUUCUUUUAGUUCUUUUUUUGCAGGAAGAAGAUCCAAUCUGGGGUUGCCAGUGUGGUGCUCUCCAGACGUUAGACAACUCCCCCAUCAUCCCUGACCGUUGGCCGUGCUGGCUGGUGCUGAUGAGAAUUGGUAGGCCAACAACGUAUAAAGGGCACCACGUUGAAUCUCCCUGAUUGCACCAACAAGAGACCGUUCCUUGCCUUUCUCUUCAAGGCAUUCUGGGGUCUUCCUUUGGAAUGAGGCCAACAGUAAGCUUAAGGACCCACACACGCAAGCAGGGAUGGAGAAACCUGGUGGCCCUCCGGAAGAAAAACUAGCCACGGCGUUGCCAAAAUGACCUUGUGGAUCGUGGGCAUCCUGAUGCGCACGCACACCUUCUGGGUUGCUGAUGGUUCCACGGAAGCUUCUAUCUUCAGUCUGGAGCUGACAUGUUCAAUGCAGAUAUUUUAAUGAGAGAAGAGGGGGAAGAAGAUAAAUACGCCGCUAUGUGCAUGCAUCGUCAUGGUCGAGGGGGACGUGUGGUCCUCCUGAUGCAGGUAGACUCCCAACAGCCGUCCCAGCAGUCAGCAUGGUCAGGUUUCACGCUGGGAGUUGGAGUCCAGCAACAUCCUUGGAGUGGGCAGGGCCCCAUCCCCGUGUUAAUAAACCAUGUUCUGUCUUAAAUGUUCUGGUUCCUGACCAGCAGCAAAGCGAGACUCUGGUAUUACAGCCCUAUUGAGACAGACGGUCCUGAAGAUGGUCUCCCAAACCCCUUCACUUGUCCACAGUCCUCCUGAAGCCGAUUGGUUGCCACGGGCUGAUCACACUGACCGAGCGCCCCUGGCAAGUGGCCGGAAUGCUGAUGCCUGCAAGUCACUAACCUCGCCUUUUUAACUCCAGUUCUCCCACCCUUCACUUCUGUGUCUGGAAACCAGGGAACGGGAUGCAUAUCAAUAAGAAACUCCAGGCAGCCUGAGGACGGAGGGGUACAAGUAGCUGAAUUGAAGGCACUCUUCCCUAAUUGCCUUUUGUAACCCUCUCUUGGCAAAUGGGGUAAAGGACACCGUGUGAUGCUCAGCAUUUAACUCCGGCUCUGUCGAAGGUAUUGCUCAAUCCCUUGUUCAUGACUAGUGGCGAGCUUAGAAAACAUGCACAGUCGCUGCAGUUGAACCUUCAGCUGGGGCUACAGGGGAGGAAUGUGAACAUUGCCCUCUGUAGAUUGACUUCUCCUUGUCUCCCUUGGGUUUUGCAGACUUCUUGGUAAAUCUCAGCUUUGCACAAGCCUGGCUGUCAGAGGAUGCCACUGCGUCGCUCAGCAGGGUACAGCUGCUUUAUCAAAUUUUUGUAAGGGCUGCUUUUUCCCCACCCUGUGCCCUUAACACAGGGGUGCCACAGGUCUUUUGCUGGGCAUGGGCCCCAAUUUUGACUGUGAGGCUGUCUUCCCCAAACCACGCCCACCUGCCCCACACCUGAUGUCAUAUGCAAUGUCAGUUGUGGGGCAGGUAGAUACGGCUGGAUUGGCUCCAUGUCUAAGUUCCCCAUAAAGAACAGCCAGUCCUUGCAGAAAGCAGGGUGGAAGCCACUGCCCAGCAGCUGAUAAGUGGUGAGUUCAAGCCUGCUGGAUCGGCUGCGGGGCUGUGUUUCCUUGUGGGGAACUUGAUCCUGCAGCCAAUCUCUGCAGAAAGCAGCUUGGGAAGGGACUUUUGAUAGGUGAGUGGGACAACCCACCUGUCAAAUCAUGACACCAGUUGAUUGACAGACGGGUUGUCCGGACACCUGUCAGACUUGGCCUGCGAAGGGGUGGGGACAGAUAAAGAUCCAGCCCACCAGCCUGAAAAGAUUCCUCAUCCCUGCCUUAACAGCACCCUGGUAUCCCUAUUUAAGCCUUUCCAGGCCUUACACCUAGUGCCUUAUUGCUGAUCUCUCCCAGGAGGAGCGCUCUUAAUGUGCAUUGUUGACCAGGGGGACAGAUUGUGUCAUGCUCAGAAUUGCACCAUCGAUGACAUGGCACCCACCCCUGCCUUUUGUGCUUGCUCGCACCAGGGCAAGGAUGCCAUCCUGCUGGGAUCCAGCUUCGCUCGCUGUUUGCUCCCCUUCUCAAAAGGUGGUGCUGUGCAGUCAUUCUCACGAUGGAAGACUGAAAGUGCUGGUUCCUGACUGGUUACUCUGUUUUUCACCUAAACUAGGCCGCCUUGAAGGCCAGCCUCUGAGAUAACUUGGGUAGUAUUGGAGAUGACCCUAAGGCCGUAAUGGGCUGUGUGUUUUUGAGCAGGGGAAUUGCACCUCCCACCUCUUUGGCGCCAUCUUGUCCAAACUUAUAUUGAUGUUAGCUGGGAGGUGCUUCUCUUUUGCUGUCACCACUGGAGGAAGUUCUCCAAAUACGCCAAGACUGGAAGAGGACAGAUCACUUUCUUUUCUUUAGUUGCUGUGAAAAAGCCCACGGCUGGCUCCUAAAUGGUUACUGUGCAUGGAAUAUACCAGGCAUCUAGUCCUCAAGAAAUUAAACUGUAUUGCAAAGAGCAUCAAAAGUGGAGCCUGUUCUCUUAUUUGUGAAAUAUUAGGCCCCUUUUUCUCAAACCUGGUUUCCCCAGCAGCAGCAAAGCAUCAACUUUGCUGAAAUAGCAACGGUUUUUAUAAGCUGGGCAGGAUCUGGCAGAAAUCAUGACAAUUGGUGCACCUGGAGUUCCUUGCAGGAAAAGGGGAAAUAAAGAUCACUGGACCGUUCUGUCCAUGUCUGAGUGAGACACGUUUUCAGGCUGCAGAUUCAAAUCAACCAGAGCAUUGUGCGGGGAAAGUGUUUUCGUGCAAAUAUCUUCGGACCAAUGAUUCUGCAAACUCUUUUCUCUCUUCUGUUUAUAUUUUAAACACCUGUCUGCUUCUUUGCCGGCCUUUGACCCAACAAGGACAAAUGGGUGUGUGUGUUGGUGUCUGGUUGGUCCUCCGCACCUCCAGCACGGCUUUGGAUCUGGAAGUUGCCAUGCAUUGGGAAUUCUGUGGAAUUAGUCGAUUGGCAAAGCUCCAACACCCAAUGGGCUCCACCGCCGAUGCUCCUGGCCAAAUCAGGAAGUGGAGCAGGUCUCUGCUAGGCCACCGUGACUGUUGCUGGGUCAUGACUUGCGCGGCACUCGAGACACCAGCCAAUGAUUUCAUCCCAAUCGGUUGCAUGUCGGCAACUGGAACAAACCAUGCUGGGGAAACACAGACUUGAAACCAACCUACUAUGUUGUCGGAUUUAGCUGUGACAUCAUAAUCUUUGAAAUACCAUCUGGUCUAGAUGGAGAAAAAUCCUUCGGGCCAACAUUAAUUCCCUUCUAUCCCGCUGUGGGUCUCAUUAGUCUCUCGCGAGGGUUGGUUUUGUGUCAAAUGAUUCAGACCACUACUGAACGGAUGAAUCCUCUGAAAGGGGCCUGGAGGCUGCCGACCCACUAUGUUAGGUUUUAAGGAUCGCAAAAAAGGCAGGGGUCUCAAGGGCUGAUGUACCUUUGCACCCCGUUUUCAGGCAAUAGAGCUGCAGGCAGACGGCGUUGCAAUAAUGAAAUAAACCCCCAGAUUGCACUGUGGCAUUUUGGCCAGCUCAUUCAGGUGAACUUUGCUGAGCGGUCAAACUUUUGAUAGUAGCAGGCACCACCUCAUCCUUUCGGGCAACACAGAGAGCUGUUUGCUGGAAUCCAGCCCUCAAAAACAGAUAUCUUGAAAAUAAGUGGAGUUUCUGUUUCGGAUGUCAGUUUGCGUCAGGGUUUUACACUGAGACCUUUGAAGCUGUUAAUGUUUUGCUUUUCUGUUUUUCUUUUUUAAACAGUAAUGCAAUAAUUUAGAUGCAUAUAUUUGGGGAGGGGGCAAACCUGAUCAAAGCGGAUUGUUUCAUAAUGAAGUUGCCUGUGUCCUGCCAUAAUAGAUUUGUACAGUUUUAAAUGGCUGCUAAUAUGAUCUGGGCUGGUUUUUAUUAUUUGUAAUAUUUGAUUUCUCUCCAGAUUUAUUUUCCUUUAUUAAAGAACAAAAGCAACAA